AUGGUCAAGUUAUUAUGCGCCAAAUCACGUGUGGCUCCACUGAAAACCGUCACCAUAUCUCGACUUGAGCUCUGUGGCGCGUUGUUAUUAGCACGACUAUGUCACAAGGUCAAUAAUGCAUUAAACAUACAACCCAGUAGAGUGGUAUUAUGGUGCGAUUCGACAGUCGUCUUACACUGGUUGAAAACAGAGCCACAUUUACUGAAUAAUUUCGUAGCAAACCGUGUUGCAAUAGUGCAAAAGUUAACGGAACAUAGCGAAUGGCGACAUGUUAGGUCCGAAGUUAAUCCAGCUGACGCGAUAUCAAGGGGUCAGUUGCCACAGGCAUUUUUACAGAAUCGGAUCUGGUUCAACGAACCUGAAUGGUUAGGCAAAGACGAAAAUCAAUGGCCGGUUAAACUGAUACAGCUUAAAGAAAUACCAGAAAUGAGGAAAAAUAUUUGUGCGAUAGCAAUAUCUGACAGUACCGAAAUAAUAAACAGAUACUCUUCUUAUCGCAAACUAAAUAGAGUCGUUGCUUAUUGCCGACGUAUGAGACCUGCUAAUACACAUAAAGGCGCGUUAAAGUCAAUCGAACUUGACGAAGCGGAAAUAUGUAUCUUAAAACUCGUUCAAGCCAAUAGAUUUCCCGAAGAGAUUCAGAUCCUUAAAAAAGAACGUGUCGACGUGAAGGGUAAUAUUGCUAAUCUAAAUCCAUUCAUGGACAAUCACGGUUUAAUUCGUGUCGGGGGACGUCUACGAAAUUCAAAACUGACGUUAACACAGAAACAUCCGAUACUGAUCCCAAACCGACAUAGUUUAAUCGAGAGUCUUAUCCGCGAGACGCACGAACGACAUCAUCAUUCCGGUGUUCAAACAACCCUUUAUAUAUUGCGACAAAAAUAUUGGGUCAUAAACGGCAGGGAGCAAGUACGAAAGAUCAUACGCAGGUGUAUGCGUUGCUUCAGGUUCAAUCCCGGUACCGUUGAGUAUAAAAUGGGAAAUUUACCAUCGACGCGU